CCUUCCUGCAUAAAAUCAUAUUUGAUGCAUUGGUUUACCUUAGUUACCUGUAAGCAAUAUGGCGGACGGACAAUCAGUAGGAAAAACGGAGUCUAAACCUCCCAUUGGUUCCCCACAUCAAAACCAAGUCCAUCCCUACGAUGGUCAAGAUCCUCCACCCGGUUACAGUGGCCCUCAGUUUUCAGGGGGACAACCCGGACCCAUAACGAGUCAGCCAGGGGCUGGGCAGUCAUUUGGUUACCAUUCCACAAGCAACACUACAGUAGUGGUGACACAACAACAGCAAGUACCAACUCGACCUCCAAAACGAGGCUGGAGCACUGGAAUAUGUGGUUGUUUUGAAGAUUUCGGAUCCUGUUGUGCUGUGAUUUUAUGUCCAUCGUGUUAUGUAUGUUACCUGUCCAACAAACUUGGCGAGUCAUGCUGUCUGCCUUUUGCCAUCGCAGGACAUGGGGCACUUAUUCCUCUGCGCACCAAGAUCCGUGCAGAGAACAACAUUCAUGGCAGUAUCUGCGAGGACUGCUGUAUGGUCUUAUGGUGUUCACAGUGUGUCAUGUGUCAACUGUCUCGUGAAUACGAUAACAUCCAGCUGAACCAAGAACUAACCAUUCGUUAAAACAUGUAUAAUUUUGUAGAACAUGGGAUUUAAAAUGGAAUACCAAAGUUUGUCUCAAAGUUAUAAACUAACCAUAUCUGAUUGUUAGCUGCUUUGUCAUGUGCGUCAUUUGCGAUUGUAUGUUCAGUUUUUUUUCUUAGAAAUUAAUAUUUUAUUCAGAGCAAACAUGUAUCCUUUAGGAUAUACGCAAGGUACCUUACCUACUGAAAAUUUAUCAAGAUAUUCUUAAAUUAAGAUUAUAGUGCCAUCAGAUGUUCAUAGACAAAAUAUCAGCUUGCAUUACCAGGGGUUUUUGGAAGAUAUCAAAUUAUGAAAAUUUUUGCAUUAUUCAAAGAAAUAUAUACAAAAAUUACGAAACAUAUUCCAGAUUUUUUUUUCCAUUUUUCCAUCAACAAAAAAUGUUUUAGAACAGGUCUACAAAUCUAUAUAUAGACAUUAAAAGUAUUGCACACAGGUCCUUCCUUUAGUGGAACUCUUCAACUCCAGGGAAGAGCCCAAUUAAGUUCAAACUACGUUGCGUAUGACCUUAAUGAGGUGCCAAAACUAUUGUGGAAUGUCGAUUUGACUAUGAACGGACUCCAGCGAUUCAAAACGAUAUUUUUAGAUUGAUAAAUAUAUUAUCCAAUUUUACUUCCUUUUUAUGCAAAAAAUUUCAUAACGAUAAAAUUAUACAUGUAUUUCUACUGCGUUUGCACCUGUUUCAGAAAAGCAUGUGUGUUUGCAUUUAGAGGAUGUGGUUUUUCCCAUCAGAUUCUGUUUGUACGGUUUAAUAUUAUUUUACGUGCAUUUGCUUCUUUAAUUUUAUAGAAUAUAAUUAUGUAUAUAUUUCAUAAUUUUUUUUACAUGUAUAUUAGCAAUUA